AUGCAUUCUACUCUAGCCUUUACCGGGGCUUGCUUGUCUGCGGCCCUGGCUGUUGCAUCGCCAGUUGACUAUUCUUCUAAUAAUACUUCGAAUGGAACUGCCGUUCCCAACUUCAGCCUCCCUCCUCAAAACCUCACGUCCUACGGCAACAACUCGCUCUUCACCCAAUGGCGAACCAAAGCUAGGUUCAGACCGUCCUCGAACCAUAUCGGAGAUCCAACCGCUUUCUGGCAAGAUGAACAAGGAGUAUUCCACGUCUCUGGGCUCUACUCAUACCUACGUGGUCCAAACAUAUCCAUCACCUCAAGCAUCGGAGGGGCUUUGACGUCGGACUUCCUCAGCUAUGUGGAUGUCCACAACUACACGAAUGCUUCAUUGUUUGAAAAUGGAGUGUCCAUAGGACCUGGAAACAAAAACGAUCCUCUAGCGGUCUUCGAUGGUUCGGUUAUUCCAAAGGGCUACAAAGGCAUGCCAACCCUGAUCUAUACUGGGGUCCAUUAUCUUCCCAUCAGCUGGAGCAAACCUUAUAUCCGUGGCAGUGAGGUACAGGCCUUAGCUUAUUCUUCGGACAAUGGUGCCACUUGGAUCAAACCAGACAUCGAUGCUGUCAUUCCUAGUCCACCGGAGGGCUUCAAUGUGACAGGCUUCCGCGAUCCUUGGGUGUUCCAGAGUCCCCAGUUCAGCAAGCUUCUCAACGACACUCCCGAGACUUGGUAUCUCUCGGUCAGCAGCGGUAUCAGACAAGUUGGUCCUCGUCUGCUCUUGUACAGACAGAACUCUUCAGACUUCACCAGCUGGGAGUUCCUCGGCCCUUCAGUCUCUACCCCUGUCAACACUACCUUCAGCGCCGGCAACUUCUCUGGUAACGAUGGCUCGAACUACGAGACUUCAAACACCCUUUUCCUCGAUGAGGAGGGAGAGAACCUCGAAAACGGUGUCAACUUCGUUACCAUGGGUGCCGAAUCCGGCAGAAAGACACACAGUUUCCACUAUUCCCUGUGGAAGAUGGGUAAAUUUGUUCGCAACCCUCUCAACGAGAGUGUUAUCCUUGAGGAUCAUGCAACUGGUGUUCUCGACUGGGGUCUCGGCUACGCAUGCACAACUAUGCCUGACUACAAGACCAACCGUCGUCUUGGUUUCUGCUGGAGCAACGAUGACUACAAUGCGACCAUUUCUGAGCAAGUAGGCUACAGAAUUGGAUCUGGUGGUGUUUACUCUAUUCCUCGUGAGCUAUACUACAAGGAUAUUUCAGGAGUCGUUGCCGAUGAUCUCGCUGCUGAGAACGGUUACUGGUCCGUCGCAACCGGUCAUUUGAAUACCACUUUGGCAAAGGACGGUGUUGCAAUGGCUAAGGAACACGGCAAUGAUACCGUUACUCUCGCAACUCUGGGUUGCAAGCCUGCCCGUGAGAUCCUUGCCUUCAGAAAGCAUGCCAACCACACCUGGACCGAGUCUGACUUUGACGUUGACGUCAAGUCGAUCAAGUCAAACUGCAGUAACGUCGAGUUUACCCAGAAGGAAGGUGUCACCCAAGCCUUUAUCCCCUUCAAGCAGAGCCCUCACAGUCGCCGUUGGGAACUCCAGGCCACCGUCCAGAUCCCUGCAUCCUCUCUUCGCAACGAAGAGUACGAGGACUUUGCUGCCGGCUUCACCAUUUUGCACUCCAGUGCCUCCGCACCUGCCAAUUACUCGGUCGACGAUGCAGCAAUGCUCUACCGCCCCUCCAACGAGACCUUUAUGAUCACUCGCGACGUCGCUCUAGGCAGCGAUAACGUCAACACUGACCCCGAGAUGGGCAAGUUGCGCCUGUGGAACGUUUCCUCGACCGACGCCCAUGGCAAGCAAACCUACUCCAUCCAAUCCCUCAACAUCCGUGCCUUUAUGGACGGCAGUUUCUUCGAGGUGUAUGUCAACGAUGUCCUCACCAUCUCCACCCAAAUCUACUACUGGUACAAGGACUCCACUCGCAUGGGCUUCUACCUCCAGUUCCCUGAUACCAUGAAGAACUCGACCCUGGAUACUGGUGUUAAGUUCUCCAACGUUAGUGUUUGGGAGGGUGUGCCCAAUGUGUUCCCUAAGCGUCCCACCAACCCUCAGGAACUGAUUGACAACGGCGUUGGCUUCGUGCAGCCACCUAACAACCCUAACGUACCGCUUACUUAUGAUGGUGUUGGUGCUCCUCCUUUGCCUCCACCUGAGAAUCUGCCCUAUGGCAUUGAUCUUAGCACAGUGGAAUGA